AUGGUGCAGACACUGGCGAAGAAAUACCACCCUGAUACGAAUAAGGAUGACCCCAAAGCUAAAGAGAAGUUCUCUCAGCUGGCAGAGGCCUAUGAGGUAUUAAGUGAUGAAGUGAAGCGGAAACAGUAUGAUGCUUACGGUACAGCUAGUUUCGAUCCUGGUGCAGCAGGUGCUGGACGCCAGUAUUGGAGCAGUGGGCCAUCAAUUGAUCCAGAAGAGCUUUUCAGAAAAAUCUUUGGAGAGUUUUCGGGAUCCCCUUUCGGAGAUUUUCAGAGUGUCUUUGACCAGCCGCAGGAGUAUAUCAUGGACUUGACAUUUACUCAAGCUGCAAAAGGUGUUAACAAGGAGAUUGUGGUGAACAUCAAUGACUCCUGUCAGCGAUGUGAUGGUAAAGGGCAUGAACCUGGUACCAAAGCGCAGCGGUGUCACUACUGCAAUGGGACUGGCAUGGAGACGAUAAAUACGGGCCCUUUUGUGAUGCGAUCUACGUGCAGACGAUGUGGUGGUCGUGGUUCCAUCGUAACAACACCGUGUGUGGUAUGUCGAGGAACAGGGCAAACCAAACAGAAGAAGACAGUGAUGGUUCCUGUGCCAGCUGGUGUUGAGGAUGGGCAGACAGUUCGAAUGCCUGUGGGAAAGAAAGAAAUUUUCAUUACGUUCAGGGUUCAAAAAAGUUCCGUGUUCAGAAGAAAUGGAGCAGAUAUCCAUUCAGACCUCCUUAUUUCAAUAGCACAGGCUGUUCUGGGAGGUACAGCCAGGUGUCAAGGCUUAUAUGAGACAAUCAAUAUCACGAUACCCCCUGGUAUUCAGCCAGACCAGAGAAUCCGAAUGAGUGGGAAAGGCAUUCCCAAAGUUAACAGUUACGGCUAUGGAGACCACUACAUUCACAUAAAGAUAAAAGUUCCUCAGAGGCUGACAGAUCGCCAGAGAGCUUUAAUGAUGAGCUAUGCUGAGGACGAGGCAGAUGUGGAAGGCACAGUGAACGGAGUCACAAAUACAGCAUCAGGUGGCAGGGCCACGGCUAGCACUGAAGCAGGCGAGGAUAGGCCUGAGGCUGAGGAGAACAAGGAGGGAUUCCUUACCAAACUUAAGAAAAUGUUUAGCUCCUGAUAACCCAUCUGAGGGAAACGUUCUACUGGAAACUAAGAGCCAGCAGCAGCAGAUCAUCUUUGCAGUUGGGGAUGAAUCUUUCUGGCAGCGGACUCUGGAGAGCGAAGGAUGUUGAUCAGCAGUACAAUGAGAAUCCCAGCUGGAGGGGCCACAAACCACUGAGGCACCAACAAUUAUUGUGACAUGAGCAACUGCUGUCCUAGGAAAUGGUAACAAAGGAAGAUGCUGUCUUUGCAGUAAUGCACAGGUGUCUCUCGAGGUUGCUCCACAGUUCCUACUGCUGCUGGAAGUUCACUUAAAUUCCUCUAGUCCUACUGGUAAAAAUUAAAAUUGAGAUAUUAAUUAGAAUCCAAAACAGUGGAAAUCCAAAAUAAAAACUGUCCUUCCAGCCCAGAGUGGAGCAGUUUGCUGAAUGGAGUCUGAGAUGACCGCUUUCACUCAGGUGCCCUUCUGAGGGCUGGAUGUGUGUGGUGAGCUUAUUACUGCUUAUCUUCUCCUAGGAGACUUGGUGCAUCAGUGACUUUUGACCCUGUCUUCAUGACAAUCUCCCAUGCCCUUCUAGCUAUCUUGCACAUUUCUUAAGAGUGGGCUAUCUCCCUUCCACAGAGAUGUGUCAGCGCACAGUUGCCAUGAGUUCCUCAGCAGAUGUGGGGUUUCCUAGUCCUGUUGAUUUCCUGCACAAAGAGCAGCGAUAGAAUCUGCACUUUGCCUCAGGUUUCCCUUCCCCUCCAAAGUUAAAGUUGCAACACAAAUGCUGUUGCUUUGAAACUGGUACAAGUUUCACACCAGUUCUCUGGAAAAAUCUUUAUGGCCACAGUGUUCAGUUGUUAUGUUACAGUACCACCAAGGCCUUUGCCAGUUUGGGGCAAAGUUUGUUUUUUUUUUUUUUAAUGUUGGCAACACAGAUAGUGUAAAUGAUUGGUCUAAGAAUCAUUGUCUUAUUGUACCUACAUGUGUGAGAAUACAAGUGAAGUGGUUCGCUCUUUCCAGAUAGAGUCGAGCUCUUGCAGUGAGUAUUUUCAUGGUUACUGUAGCUAGCUGUUAUUAGUUAUACCUUGCAGCUACCAUCAAGCCCACACACUAAUUGACCAGUUAAACAAGGACAUGUCAUAGUCUUGCCCUUCUUAAUUUGCUGAAAUAAAGCACGCGUUGCCUCCUGAUUAAACUGUCUGUAAAGCAAUUCUGUAUCCAUGUAAAUAAGAUUGAUCUCAUAAAGAUAUUUAACAACU